UACACAUUUAGUAUAAAUCUGUGAGUUAUUUUUAUAAGACUAGAAUUAAUUUACAUUAAAAACAUACAUUUGAAAUACUGUCCCUAAAUAUUAAUUCACAGAUGAGAUUUCAAUUAUAUUUCGACAAUUAAACUGGUCUAACGUUACCCUUUGAAAGAGGCAUCGCAAACACUUCCCCUAAACAUGUAAACAACUGAACACUAAACUGGGGGCAAAAAAUUGCAACACAAAAGUAACCUUUAUAGGUUUUAUGAAGUUUUCAUAAAGUAAAAGUGACUCAGUUGUGCCUUUAUUUUGUAUUCACAUCACGCGCUUUGUAUCAUCCGCCCCUGUUUCACAGCCAGUCAGAUCAUUGCUAGCGAAGAGAAACGAGGAAAAUGUACUGUGAACGGUCUUAGUAUCGUGAAACUUUUAAAGAAUUGGCAUUGGCGUGUACAGUGAGAGUGUGUCUAGUUACUGAUAAGAACAGACAGUUAUAAAGUGAGCUUUGCCGGAAGACUUUCCUUCCAGCCAAUACAGCCCGUCCUGCAGCAAACAACAGCGCAGAAAGCACAUUGAUUGGAGGCAGCUGACUUAAAGACAUGACCGAAGUUCACAUUAGUGACACAUUAUUCAACUGUUGUGGUGACCAAGCAUUUUCUUUCGAAAUGCCUUCAAAAUGGGGGAUUAUGCUCGCUAAAUCUCCGCAGUAAACAGCUGUGUGUGUGUGUGAGUGAUUACCGGUGUUGAGUUUUUGCCGUUUCCGAUCCAGAACAGCACUGGAUAAUGAAGCGGAGGAGCAGAGUUCGUGUUGCGGUGAUAGGAGCCGGAGCGGCGGGCCUUUGCGCUGCUCGACAUGUCCUGUCCAAACCGGAAACCUUUGACCCACCCGUGCUGUUUGAAAUGACCAAUCAUUUGGGUGGGACCUGGUUCUAUGAGGAACGAGUGGGUACAUAUGACAAUGGGUAUCCCAUCCACAGCAGUAUGUACAGGGACCUUAGGACCAACUUGCCCAAGGAGAUAAUGAUGUUCCCUGAUUUUCCCUUUGAUGACCACCUGCCUUCUUUUUUGCACCACACUUCAGUUCAGCAGUAUUUGGAAAAAUACUGUGAGAAAUAUGACAUUGCUCAUCAUAUCAAGUUCAACACCGUGGUGGAAAAGGUGAAGCCCAUCUCCAUGGCAACCGAGACGGGGGGAGCUGUGACGUGGGAAGUAAUUUCGCGCAGCACAUGUGGAGAGCAGAACAUGCAGACGUUCAACUCAGUGUUCGUCUGCAACGGGCAUUACUCCGACCCCCACCUGCCCUACAUUCCUGGAAUAGAGCAUUUUAAAGGGAAAGUCUUACACAGCCACUCGUACCGCCAUCCAGAGCCCUUCACCAAUAAGUCUGUUGUGGUCUUGGGGGCCAAAGCAUCUGGCGUGGACAUUUCGAUAGAGUUAGCCCAAGUUAACGCUCAGGUGAUUCUCAGUCAUAACACACCAACUGUGUCCUUACCUCCACCUUUGGGCAUCCGGCAGGCCAGCGCUGUUGUUGGUGUUUUGGAGGAUGGCUCUUUACAGUUCCAGGAUGGAUCAGUGACCCGGGCAGAUAUUCUUCUCUUCUGUACAGGAUACAACUUUAACUUCCCUUUCCUCUCUCCAUCAGAGCUUGCCCUGGACAUACAAGACCUUUUAGUGGCUCCUCUAUAUAAAUACCUGCUGCCCCCUAGCUUUCCUUCCAUUUUUUUUAUUGGUAUUUGCAAAAUUAUUUGCCCCUUCAUACAUUUUGACUGUCAGGUUAAAUUUGCUCUUGCUGUUCUGGAGGGCUUGAUAAAACUGCCCACCCAGGAAGAGAUGGAGAUGGAGGUACAUGGAGAGAUGCAAAGAAAACAAGACAAAGGUGUGCAGAUGAAGCACCUGCUCAAUUUGGACAGGGAUCAGUGGGGUUAUUACCUAGAUCUGGCCAAGAUGGGCCAAUUCACACCUCCUCUGGCUGUGCUUGAGAGUCUGUAUGAGGAGGUACGCAGACAGAGGCAGAAAGACCCGCAGAAAUACAGACUCCUUAACUAUAGGCUCAUUGACGCCACACAGUGGGAGCUUUUGGAAGCUCCGUCUGAACAAGCAGAUUGAUUGUUGAGAGACUAACAUUUGAAUGAGAUUUACACACCUUUACUUUCAUACCUGUAAAAAAAAGGUAGAAAGAACAUCUGUAGAAAUGAUGAAGGAAGAAAAUAGUUACUCUUAAUAAUUUCAAAAAGCAUUUAGACAGAUAGAUAGAUAGACAGACAGACAGACAGACAGACAGAUAGACAGACAGACAGAUAGAUAGGUAGAUAGACUGUUGUCUUUUUAAGAAAGGAUAUUUGAUGAAAUAACCCUGAUUUUUCAAUCUCAGCAAAUGAAAAUACCUGUUAUUCUCACCAGUUGUCAUUUCCUGAAAAAAAAUCCUUUUAAUUACAACAUGAUAUUUAAUUGAUAUUUGGAAGUAAUGUUAUGAGACUUUUACUUAUAAUAUAAAACAAUAAAUAGUAAUAAUAAUAUUCAUAAAACAAAAUAACAAACAAUAUUAAUCAAAUAAAUCCAUAAAAAUGUAUCUUAAUAUUUUUCCAAAGCUAUAUUUCAGGAUUAUUUAGAUAUAAUAUAUAUUUGAACAUAUAUGAAGGGACGAGUAAUUACAGUGUAUUUCUGUGUUUAUCUGUCAUCUAAACAACGGUUUGAUCCAUUUGUUAACAUAAUUAUAAUCAUUUAAAAUAUAUUUUUUAAUAAUUAAAGGACAGAAUAAAAAUGUUUCAUUUAUACAUAAAUGUUGGACUGAUGGAUGUAAUGAAUGAAUGUAAUGAAUGAAUUGGGAAUGUUGGUUAUUAAACUUAUAUUCAGAUUUUAUUUUCAA